AUGGAGUCCACCAUUCACGUUCUGUGGGUGAGGUGCAUCUCCCUGUACGAGCGGUCGCACUACCUGCUCUACGUUCUCUACACCUUCGGUUUGUUUUUAUGGGAGGUGGUCACCGGUGUACUGGAGAUUCCCACGGACGCCCCUCAGUACGAUGCCCUGCUUCAUCAAGCCAGCUGCGCCAAGUCGUACGAGGAAUGGCUCCCGAUCGCCUCCACCCUCGACGACCUAGAUGGCUUUCAGCAGUGGCGCACCAAUGAGCGGUCGGCGUACUUUUCGUUCGAAGGUGUCAUGCGCACGAUCGAGGAGCUGCUGGAGCUGCGCAGCACCGGCAACACGGAGACGCUGCUGGAGGGCCUGCACAAACGCGUCCACCGCUCUCUCUGCGGGAUCAGUCAUCACCGCCUCUACGCCUACCGCACCGGGACCAAGACGGUCAUCCACUCUUACACCUCACUCGUGUGCUUCCUGCUGGGGCGCGCCGGCGAGGCGGCCCGGAUCGACCAGCGCCUGCUGCCCCGCACGCGCGAGGUGCUGUCGGAGAUGCACCACGUGUACGGCUCCACGGCUCUGCUGCUGCAAGGUGGCGUUCUCGCCGCCAGCGCCCACCUCGGCGUCGCGAAGACGCUCUACAAAGCCGGUCUACUGCCACCCGUCAUCUACGGCAGCGGCAGCGGUGCCCUCGUGGCCACGUUAGUGUGCUGCAGCACGGACUUGCCAGCACUUUUUAGCCGAUCGUAUAAGGACGACGCGAGCGCGCUGAUUGGCGGUGGCGGCAGCGGCAGUGCGCCGUUGUCAUGCCGGAAGCGGCGGUGCCGCCUGCUGCACUCCGGCGAGGUGGUCGACCCCGCCGCUCUCACCGACUUUCUGCAGCGUACCGUCGGCGACGUCACGUUUGCCGAGGCGUACGCGCAGACCGGCCGGGUGCUGAACAUUCUCUACACCUCCGCCCCCUCGCCGCUGCUGCAGGCGUGUGGGCACUACAUGGUGGACCACCAGUUGCUGAACUACCUCACCGCCCCCGACGUGGUCAUCCGCUCCGCCGUGCGGUGCGCGAUGUGCGCCGUCGUCACGUCUCCGCCGUCGUCCACCUCUUCGCCGGAGAAGGCGGACGCGGUGGCCCCGCGCGGCCUCCUCGCCCGCACGCGACAGACGGGCUCGAUCGUGAUGUACGACCCUCCCGUGGUGCGCCAGAGCUACCCCAAUCCGUGCGGCAAGCUCACCGGCGAUGGCGCCCGCGAUCCAGUGCAACGAAUGCGCGGUCUCUUCUCCGUUCGCUUUAGCAUUGUGUCGGAUGUGUCGCUGCGCGGGUACUUGUGGCGGCAGCUGUACCUUCACAGUUCUAGCAGUCCCUUCUCGCGGCAACGGCUGUGCAUGUGGGCGUGGCUGCGGUACAGCUGCGCGCUGUGCUGUCUUGGCGUUGCCCAUUUGGUCUUGCGGGUAAUCGCCUUGCUGGGCUACGACACCGUCGCCGGCCCCUCGCACACGUCCAUGCGUGCGAUGCUGCAGCAGGACGAGAGUGAGAACGUGCAGAUUUACCCCAUCGCCGGCCUCUGGUCGUACUUCCGUCUGUGGUGUACGUCCAAUGUGGAGAACAUGGCGGCUCUCGAGAUGGACGCGCAGCGAGAGGUGUGGCCGCGGCUGGAGCAGCUGCGGAUGUCCAUGUCCGUUGAGCAGGUGCUCGCUGCUACAUUGAAACGGCUCCCCCGAAAUGAAGAAGAGUGA